AAAACUAAUCUCAGGAGCCAGUUAGGAGGCUUUUUCAAUCCCUAGUUCAGGUAAGAGAUGGUGAUGGUCUAAUGUGGGGUGGAGAGAAAGGAACAUAUUACAAGGAAUAAGUUGAAAAAAUAGGUUUCAGAACCAUGUCCAGGAAAAAACAACAAAAAAACAAAAACAAAAAAAAACUUUGGGUAUAGUUACUGGUACAUGGUACUGACUGGAAAUGAAUAGACCAGAAGGUUUACUAGGUUAUUGAAGGAAUUGUUUUUAGAAAUAAACUACAGACCUGGUAUAUCUGUCAGGUUCAACCAGAGAAGCAGAACCGGUGGGAGGUCUAUGUAGAGAGAGAGAUUCAGCUUACAAGUUGUAGGGGUUAGCAAGGCAAGUCUGAAAUCCUUAGAAUAGGCUGUCAGGAAAGGCAGACUGGGAUUCUUGGGUAUGGGCUAAAGCUGCUGUUCUUAGGUGGAAGUUUUUCUCUCUCUUAGGGAAGCCUCAGCCCUGCUUUAAGGCCUUUCAGCUAACUGAAUGGGAAUCAUCCAAAUUAUUCAGGAUAAUUUCCUUUACUUAGUCAACUGAUUAUGAAUUUUACUUAUAUCUAUAAAACAUCUGCACAGUAAUACCUAGAUUAAUGUUUGAAUAGCUGACAACUAGUAGCCCAGCCAAGUUGACACAUUAAAACAAAAACAUACCUAGCCUGCAAAGUUCUGUGAUUAUUCAGUCUUUGAAAUAACCUUUAUGUUCCUAACCAACCCUUCAGGCUCAGUGAUUGUGCUAUAUUAUAAACUAGCUUCCAAGAAGGGCAUACUCGCCAACAUACACUCAGAGUAGUGACUCAUUCAUACCAGGUGUGAAUGGUGAUGCUGUCAGUUGAAUUCAGAGAUGGAUCUGCUGUCGCUGGUUAGUUGGCAGUGUACACCAUAUAUAAAUAGAUAAAAUGUUAACGUAUCCAAAACUUGAAGUUCCUAUGGAACAUAUGGAUAGAAACGCCAGUGUGUCAUUGGAAAUGCAGAUAUGAAAAUCUGUAGUGGUGGGAGCUAAAAGUAAAACUUUGGAGACUGUUCAGUAUAUAAACCCAUAUUUGAAACUGUAGAAGUGGAAAAACUUUUUUUUUAAUGUUUAUUUAUUUUUGAGAGAGAGAAAGACAGCACAAGUGGGGAUGGGGCAGAGAGAGAGAGACAGAAGAUCCGAAGCAGGCUCUGUGCUGACAGCAGAGAGCCCGAUGCAGGGCUCGAACUCACAGACCAUGAGAUCAUGACCUGUGCCAAAGUCAGACAGUUAACCAACUGAGCCAUCCAGGCACCACAAAGUAGGAAAACUUCUUUAGGAAUAGUAUUUAGAGUAAAAACCGGAAUGAGGAUAAACCAUGGCAAAUACUAGUAUUUAAGGGAGGAAGAAAGACCAGUGAGCAAAUUAAUGAUUAUCGCAGCGGUAUGAGAGCCCAAAAAUGGUGUCAAGGAAGCCAAGGGAGGAAACAUAUUUAAAGAGUGGAUGAUUUCACAGUUAAGCAGUGGGAGCUUUUCCAAUAAAACCAAGAGUAAAACAAGGAUGUCAGGACUAUGAUAUUUAGAUAUAUUGUGUUUGCCAACUUCUGUUCUUCUUACAGGUUUCAGUCUACAUGUUACUUCCUUGAGAAGCAAUGUUUGAUACCCAUCUCUCCCCCCUACAUCCAGCCAUCCCCCAAGUCUGAAUUAGUUUCUGCCACUGCCUUCUACAAAGCACAACCUGUAAUUCAAUUCAUGUGUGAAGUUCUUGACAUUCAUAAUAUUGAUGAGCAACCAAGACCUCUGACUGAUUCUCAUCGGGUAAAAUUCACCAAAGAGAUAAAAGGUCUGAAGGUUGAAGUGACUCAUUGUGGAACAAUGAGACGGAAAUACCGUGUUUGUAAUGUAACAAGAAGGCCUGCCAGUCAUCAAACCUUUCCUUUACAGUUAGAAAAUGGCCAAACUGUGGAGAGAACAGUAGCACAGUAUUUCAGAGAAAAGUAUACUCUUCAGCUGAAGUACCCACACCUUCCUUGUCUGCAAGUGGGGCAGGAACAGAAACAUACCUACCUGCCACUAGAAGUCUGUAAUAUCGUGGCCGGGCAACGAUGUAUCAAGAAGCUAACGGACAAUCAGACUUCCACUAUGAUCAAAGCAACAGCAAGAUCUGCGCCAGAUAGACAAGAGGAGAUCAGCAGAUUGGUAAGAAGUGCAAAUUACGAAACAGAUCCAUUUGUUCAGGAGUUUCAAUUUAAAGUUCGGGAUGAAAUGGCCCAUGUAACCGGACGUGUACUCCCAGCACCUAUGCUGCAGUAUGGAGGACGGAAUCGGACAGUAGCAACACCAAGCCAUGGAGUAUGGGACAUGCGAGGGAAACAGUUCCAUACAGGAGUUGAAAUAAAAAUGUGGGCUAUAGCUUGUUUCGCCACACAGAGGCAGUGCAGAGAAGAAAUAUUGAAGGGUUUCACGGACCAGCUGCGUAAGAUUUCUAAAGAUGCAGGGAUGCCCAUCCAGGGCCAGCCUUGCUUCUGCAAAUACGCGCAGGGGGCAGACAGUGUGGAGCCCAUGUUCCGGCAUCUCAAGAACACCUACUCAGGGCUGCAGCUCAUUAUCGUCAUCCUGCCAGGGAAGACGCCAGUGUAUGCGGAAGUGAAACGUGUAGGAGAUACACUUUUGGGUAUGGCUACGCAGUGUGUCCAAGUCAAGAAUGUAAUAAAAACAUCCCCUCAAACUCUCUCAAACUUGUGCCUAAAGAUAAAUGUUAAACUCGGAGGGAUCAAUAAUAUUCUUGUACCUCAUCAAAGACCUUCUGUGUUCCAGCAACCCGUGAUCUUUUUGGGAGCAGAUGUCACUCAUCCACCAGCUGGUGAUGGGAAGAAGCCUUCUAUUGCUGCUGUUGUAGGUAGUAUGGAUGCCCACCCAAGCAGAUACUGUGCCACAGUAAGAGUUCAGAGACCCCGACAGGAGAUCAUCCAGGACUUGGCUUCCAUGGUUCGAGAACUUCUCAUUCAAUUUUAUAAGUCAACUCGGUUCAAACCUACUCGUAUCAUCUUUUAUCGGGAUGGUGUUUCAGAGGGACAGUUUAGGCAGGUAUUAUAUUAUGAACUACUAGCAAUUCGAGAAGCCUGCAUCAGUUUGGAAAAAGACUAUCAACCUGGAAUAACCUACAUUGUAGUUCAGAAGAGACAUCACACUCGAUUGUUUUGUGCUGAUAGGACAGAAAGGGUUGGAAGAAGUGGCAAUAUCCCAGCUGGAACAACAGUUGAUACAGACAUUACACACCCAUAUGAGUUUGAUUUUUACCUCUGUAGCCAUGCUGGAAUACAGGGUACCAGCCGUCCUUCACACUAUCAUGUUUUAUGGGACGAUAACUGCUUUACUGCAGAUGAACUUCAGCUGCUGACUUACCAGCUCUGCCACACUUACGUGCGCUGUACACGAUCUGUUUCUAUACCUGCACCAGCGUAUUAUGCUCACCUGGUAGCGUUCAGAGCCAGAUACCAUCUCGUGGACAAAGAACAUGACAGUGCUGAAGGAAGUCAUGUUUCAGGACAGAGCAAUGGACGAGAUCCACAAGCUCUUGCCAAGGCUGUACAGAUUCACCAAGAUACCUUACGCACAAUGUACUUUGCUUAAAAAGUCCAAGAAUAUUCUCUGAGAGGAAGAAUUGAAAGAUGCAUCGACAUAGAGCAUAUGUUUCCAGUGGAGUCAGUUGAGUGGGAAUGCCUCCAGCCAUACAGCAACCAACACUGUGUGGGGACCAGGGUCUGAUUUUUAUGUUAAUAUAAGGAAGAUUGUUUACUUCAUCAAGGAACACAGCACCAUUAUGCAAUAUGAAACCAGCCAACUGCUUUUUUGUGCGGUCUCCUUAGGAAGUAUCGCCAUUGUUUUGUUUCACUUUCUUGUAGUCUAACCCUUUUAAUGCCUUUACCUCAAGUUGCUUGGCAGCACAACUAUCUUUGCAAAAAAAGUACAGAAAAAGUAAAUGACGGUUUAAAAAAAACACACACACACCUUACAUGAAUAAUCAAAGUGAUUGUUCACAAUUAUGUGUGCAAAAAAAUUAAUGUGCAUUCGUGUAUUCUUGUGAAAGGUAUCUAUGUAUAUUUUAAAUAUAUACAUGUAUACUUCAUAUGCAUAUAUAUCUGGAUCUACACUGACAGUAGAUAUAUAUGUGUCUGUGUGUGUAUUUUAUAGUUCAUUCCAUCGGGGAACUUUCUUUCCCUUUUAUCAUCCUCCCACCACUACUUUGAUUUCUCUCUACCUCCCUCGCCUUCAUCACCUACAUUUUUUUUCCUGAUGCUACCAGUGACAUUCAGAUGUUCAUGUAUCUGGUUCAUUUGGAUAUGAAGCAUGGCAAACUAGAGUUUUAUUUUUAUUUUGCACACCCUACUCCUGUCUCUUGUCUCAUACACAAUUCUAAGUCCUCAACUCUUGAUAUUGCUUUCUUAAACAAAAUUAUUAUAUAUAUACACACACAUGUAUAUGUAUGUAUAUAUAUGUGUGUGUGUGUGUGUGUGUGUGUGUGUGUAUAUAUACGUAUAUAUAUAUGAAGUUUCUAUGAGAGUGUCUGCCCACUCCUGCUCUGAACUUAACAUUUGCCAUUUGUGCAAUGUGUAUAUAAGCAGUAGCAAUCUUAAACUAUUAUUUUUCUUUAGUUUGUUAAAGCUGCUAUAAAUAUAAAACUUUGUCAGAAGUUGUAACUCAGAAAUUUCUCUAUAACUGAUAUGUAUUCUAAAGCCUUCUGUUGCUAUGGGUUAUACAUGAAAAUCCCUUACAGCUUUCAUAAAGGGCAAAUAUUUUAAAAGAUUGAAACUCUUUAGGGUUGAGGCCUCUGAAAUUGGGUGGAGAGAGAGAAGGGGUUGCUGAGGGGUUUUUUUUAUUUUAAUUUUUUUUUUUUUGCUAGUUUACUUGUUGCCUCUCA